CAUCGGCAGCAAGAUGUAAACAAGGAAGAGAAUCGAAGCAGCGAGUGAGCAGUUCAGUCAGUUCAGCUCAGUUAAAGCUUUGUUGUUUUUAACGCGUUUUGUAUGUUACUUCCACAAAUAAAUUAACAGUAAUUCCGUCAUAUUGAAAACGUCUCAUAGCCAUAAACAUUUUUAAUACUGCUAGAAUGGACCCUAAACACAGAAAGAUACUUCAGCUGCACAGGUCUGAUCUAGUCAUAUCAUUAAAUCUUCCGGACAUCUACGAUUUGCUUUUGUCAAAGGGGGUCUUCACCCAGGACAUGAUCGAUGAAAUACGGAGCAAGGGGCCAAGACGUGACCAAGCCAGGCAACUGGUGACAGACUUAGAGACAAGAGGGAGUCAGGCUUUCCCAGCCUUCCUGGAAUGUCUGCGUGAAACCGGCCAGCAUGACCUGGCAGAGCUUCUUCAGUGUGGAAAUGGUGCUCGACUGCCUCCUUCUGUCCCCAUACAGCCUUCACUGAUCCCUGUGCCAGUCGAGAAACCUGAAUUAACAGAAAAACCAGACAGACCUGAUUUUACUCCACCACGGUUAGCACCACUGAGACCAGAAACCCUGCCUGUCCCCAAACCUUUUAGCCCAUCUUUUGAAACUCAAGGAGUGAGACAGAGAAGAGACAGUAUACAGUGCUAUAAGAUGGAUGCCAUUCCGUGUGGGAUCUGCCUGAUUAUAAACAAUGUCGAUUUUGACCCAGGCUCUGAACUAAAAGAUCGAAAGGGGUCCGACAUUGACUGCGACAAGAUGGAGAAAAGAUUUAAAGCUCUAAACUUUGAGGUUAUUGUAAAAAGGAACUUGAAAUACAAACACAUAAGACACGAGAUGUCAUCUUUGGCAAAGAGGGAUCAUUCUGCAUAUGACUGCUGUGUGGUGAUCAUCCUUUCACAUGGUACUGAGGCGAACCACAAUCGUUUUCCCGGAGCAGUUCAUGGUGUUGACGGACCAUCUGUCCCAGUUCAGUUAAUCACAAACUACCUCAAUGGCCAGAACUGUCCUUCUCUGCAGGGCAAGCCCAAGCUGUUCUUCAUCCAGGCCUGUGGAGGAGGUGAGAAGGACACCGGUUUUGAGGUAUCUUCAGAUGAGGCUGAGCCCUCUUUGGGUGGGAUAGAUGACCAGACGGACGCUAUUCCUGUAUCCUCCAGCAGUGACUCUCUCAGCAUGUCUGAUGAACCUGAUGCUCGGGCCAGUUUGCCCACACCCAGCGACAUCCUGGUAUCCUACUCAACCUUUCCAGGCUAUGUCUCCUGGAGGGACACGCAAGCCGGAUCCUGGUAUGUAGAGAAUCUUGAUCGUGUGCUUGAGGAGAAUGGUGCCAUCCAUGAUCUGGUGACCAUGCUGAUGAUGGUAAAUGAUGCCGUCUCCCAAAUAUCUGCCAAAGGCCUGUAUAAACAAAUGCCCGGAUCUUUCAACUUCCUCCGAAAACAUCUCUACUUUCAGUCUUCGCAGUCAUGAUCACUUGAAGAUCUUUCUUUCUUUUUCUGCUGUAUUUUGAACACUACCAUGUACUUGAUAUCAUGUGAUAAAACCUAUUUGUUGUUUUUUACAUCAUAAACUGAGCCAUGUGAUCAAAA